AUGAGAAGAGAGUGCACCUACGUGGCGAUGGGGUUCAUGGACCAGACGGGGAAGGUGUCGGCCGACACCAUCAUCGGAUUCCUCGGGGACGGCCUCUCGAGCCAGGACGAGGAGGGUCACGAGGGCUGGAAUCGAUCGAAGAUGAACGCAGUGGACGACUAUCGACAGACCGUGCUGACAAAACCGCUGACUGCCGAUGACGGAUCGAUUCCACGACAGAAACCACGGAAGACCCCAGACGAGGAGGUUGCCGAGAACGGGUUACAGCCAAUGUAUCCAAGCCAAUCGAUCACAAAUGACCCAACUUUAUGGUCUCCUCCCCGGUAUAAAAACCCCCGUCUUCAGUUCGAGGGGAGGCAGUCAGUCGCUUGCACGACUCAGGCAGCUAGAGCAAGAAGCUCUCUCUCUAAGCUUUUGAGCCUGCCAGAGUCUGCGACCGGACGACUCCUCCAGACCUCGGUUGACCCGAUUCCAUUCGUGGAUCCACCCAUAAAGGAAGUGGAACGGCUCAGAAGGCGCUGCUCCAUCUGCGAGUAA